UUCAGGCUCUCGGGUUUCCCUUUAGAUGCUGGGAUUAAGGGGAGUUUGGGGGUAUGGGGAGGUGCCUUCCCUGCCCCAUCAUCUGUCUCAUUUCCCCCAGGCAUCGCUGCUAUCACUCCCUGUUCCCUCUCAACUACCUCAUUAUUUUUUAAUGAUUGGGAGCUGCCUGUCCAUCUGCAGCAGACAGAGCGGUGCAGGGCGCCCAGCUUGAUUCCUGCAGGGUCUAACCUUAUAAAACUAUCCUGCUUAGUGUUUUCUUUACAGUCUGAUCAGCUUAGAAUUGGACACAUUUUAUUUAUUUUUUUGCUUGCAAAAGAAGCUUCGCUUUGUAUUCACAGAUCUGGGGAGAGAACCCCACUGAAAUGAACAUGUCUGCUGUUUAUUUCUAGAAACAGGCAAGUGGCCGUUCUCUUCUGCGACCCAUUGAUAAUGCCAAGCAAAAGGAUGGGAAUAAUUUAAUAUGAACAUGUAACUAGACUAUCUACCAUGGACAUGAAAGAUCUACAAGAAUAUAGGGUUUGGUUACUGUGAUUUGUUUGUAACGUAGCCAUUCGAUCGAGGUGGCUGUUGAGAAUAACUCUCUGCUUCCACAUGGCCAUAAACAUUGAAGAGUAUUGAAGGAUAUUUCUGGCCCUGUAUGUUGAAACACAAAUGGGAAGAACAAGGCUUUUCCUGCAAGAUUUUAUCUAUAUUUUGGAACUGGACUUUUUUUUACUUGUGAAUUAAUUUUCAUAGAUUUGAAAGAUCCACUCAGAUUAAUGUACUGUAUAGCUGUUUAUUUUAGCCUAACUAAAUAUUGUCUGAUCAGCACCUUCUCAACUAAGUACCAGGAAAGUUAUAUAGUCUGAAUGGACAGAGCAGCAUUUGCCUGUUCCACUGCGUUCUUUCGUGAUUACAGCAGCGCAUCUCAUGGUGCAGUCUCCCUGCCCCAAGGACAUGUUGACUAUAUUGAAAAGGUAGAAUCGUUUAGUUACUCCGAUUUUUUCAGGGACUAUCUGAUUCCCAACCACCCAUGUGUUUUCUCAGCUAAAUUCACUGAGGGCUGGGGCAGCAGGAGGAAUUGGGUGACUCGGGAUGGGAAGCCUAACUUUGAUUAUCUACUGCAGCAUUUUGGGAAGGCUGUAGUACCUGUUGCCAACUGUGAUGUCAAGGAAUACAAUUCUAAUCCAAAGGAACAGAUCCCUCUCAAGGAGUACAUAAGUUAUUGGAAAGAAUACAUUAAAAAAAACUACCAUUCCCCCCGGGGGUGCCUCUACCUCAAAGAUUGGCACUUGUACAGGGCUUUCCCAGAGCAAGAUGUUUAUACAACCCCCAUCUAUUUCACUUCUGACUGGCUGAAUGAAUACUGGGAUGCCAAAGGCCUGGAUGAUUAUCGAUUUGUCUACAUGGGACCUAAGGGUUCAUGGACUCCUUUUCACGCCGACGUCUUCCGCUCCUACAGCUGGUCUGCCAAUAUCUGCGGGAAAAAGAAAUGGCUGCUCUAUCCCCCCAGGCAGGAGGAGUACCUCAGAGAUCGCCAUGGUAACUUGCCCUUCGAUGUCACUGCGCCUGGUCUUCAGGACAGCAGCGUUUACCCACGCUAUGCCCAAAGCUGCCCCCCUGUUGAAAUCAUCCAGGAAGCAGGGGAGAUAGUCUUCAUCCCUAGCGGAUGGCACCAUCAGGUGUACAACCUGGAGGAUACAAUUUCCAUCAACCACAACUGGGUGAAUGGCUGCAACGUGGCUAUCAUGUGGAGCUUCUUGCAGGAUGAAUUAGCAGCCGUCCAACGGGAAAUCAGCGAAUGGAGAGACACUAUGGAGGACUGGCACCUACAAUGCCAGGUAAUCAUGAAAUCUUGCACAGGCAUAAACUAUAAGGAGUUCUACAACUUCCUUAAGGUAAUCGCGGAGAACAGGAUUUCUGUCUUAAACCAUGUCCUAGAUGAAGAAGCUUCAGCCAAGAACACUCACAGGGCUGCCACCUCCGCUCUGGGCAUGCUCCAUGCGGUGUUUGAUUUAAAAAGGGCCGUGCAAGUGUUAACAUCCUUAAAUGCUAACGAGGAUUUCAAGAAACUGAACCCUAAAUCACUGUCCCCACCUCCAGAGGCAUUACUACACCACCUGAAAGCUGCAAUAGACACAGCACUGUUAUAGUUCCAUAUUUAUUCAAGUAUUUGUACCUAUUGCAACAUAGCUGCAUGUAGACAAAUCAUAAGAAGUCUCCAUAUUUCCCCCCUGUUAGAGUUUAAGCACAAUGAGCCUUAAUGUGGAUGGGGAGGCCGCGGAUAUAGAAUCAAGAGAAAAAGCAUGUUAGGAAAAUGAGUACACUACAUUAAAUGUCCUGUUUAUAUUGAAACCACUCUAAAAAGGGAAGACGUCUCCAGCAGAGUCAGAGAUUAGAUUCAUUCCAUGUAGCAGAAAUGCAAGCAGCUAAACUCACCAUAGCAGGAAGAAGUUAUGGUCCUAAGAAUCAGCCACGUAGGAAAUUCAGCCAUUGGAAUGGUCUAGAACCAAAAGGAUGAACUUUUGAGAUGUAUCCUCUCAAUUCUACACACCAAAGCAUCUAUAUUUCAGCAAGUUCACCUCUCUGUACUGAGAUCACCUAGAGACUGAACUAAAAGAGUUUUAGAAAGGCAAAAACAUGGAAGUCUGUAUGUAGCCUUAGACUGUGUGUUAAUGAAAGGAAGAGUAUUAACAUGCUGUGUGGUGACAUAGCACAACCUAUGAACUUAAGGGUAAUACACAUUGAAAAGGACUGCAAGGGAAGUGGCCUCACAAGCGUUUUCAGUUAAACUAUAAAAAACACUCCCAUUGUUGUUAGGGGCUUGCAGUUAGUCUCCUUCUAAACAGGGGCUGUGAAAAGUUUAAUUCUAGCCAACAGUGCUUCCAUUAAGAUUAUAGUUGAAGGUUUUUAAGCACUGAGCUGAAACUUAAUCAGUCGUUGACCUCUGAGGUGACCAGUAUGGGUGACCACUUAAAGUUGCUGUUUUUAAUAUUGCACAUUAAAAUGUUUAAAAAUGUCA